UUUCUAACCCACUGCAGCUAGUGACAUCGCCCAGGCCCGAGGCGGCCCCCAAUUAGCAGUCUCAAGACCUCGCUCGCGCUGAGAUCCAUGCACCUUUUGCGAUGCGCACGAACAAGGACCCGAACCCCCCCCAUUCAAUCCCGUUGGCGGGUGGAGAGGCCAGGUUGAGACCAUCAGUCCGCCCAGGCAAUGGCACAAAUGGUUGGUCACCUGCAUCCUUGAGGUUUCUUCAUGAGAGAGCGCUCAAUAUCACCUUUCGGGAACCCAGCUAUGGGCCAGGUCGAGCAUACAUCACCGUGGACAGGCCGUGGAUCAAUUCUCUGCCUCUUGGGUUCCUCCCCGCCCCAUUAACUCCUUUCUCAUUUUGCGCUUCUCUAAGCGCCGUGCUCCAACGCGACCUCUGAUGCGCAGUGGUGAGCUCAACCGCCUGGAGCUCUUGAACUAGCCGACGGUCACGGAUCUUAAAUACCUUUAUCCCCAGAGUGGGGUAGUUAAAUGUUAAAUUCUACCUUCUCAAAGCUGGUAUGUGCGUUUGGAUAUUUCGUUCCGAUUGACAACUGUUGUUAGAUCCUCCCUUGUACCCUUUACGCCUUGGGGUUUUCCUAAUGCUCAGAUGGUUGAACAGUUGAGAGAGUGACUACCCUACGACAUCGCGGCCGAGCGUGAAUCACAUUAACUUUUAGUCAACCAGUGAUAUCCGUACGAGAAUGAGGCUGGAUGUCAUAAGCUGAAAGACUUCUGCGCUUCGAAUUUGAGGCCUGAUGUUCGACCCAACCAUGUUUUACAGGCUUCUCGCCCUCUUCUACCUCUUUGUCUUUACCGCCCUCGGCCUCCGAGUAACCCCUGGUUCUCCGUGCGAAGAAAAAUGUGGUCCGGUAACCACGAACACGACGGGCGCUGACGUUGUCUGCCGUGAUUAUGAGUAUUCACGCAAACCGGAAGGAGUUGUUUUUCAAGACUGUGUUAAGUGCGAAUUGCGCAGCACUUUCGAGCAUAGAAGAUCAUACCAAUCAGAUUUGAAAUGGGGAUUGUACAACCUCCGUUACGCAUUCUCGAGUUGCAUAUAUGCCUUCCCAGUAUCCAAGCAGUCGUUGUCGACACCAUGUCAAGUGACAUGUGAUUCAUUGAUGGAUGCUGUCAAGUACCAGUUGCUGAAUCCUGUUCCUCAGGAAGCCUAUGAUUUCUGCGGCAUGGAUAGUUUUUCAGACGAUUUCGUGACAAAAUGCGCUCUGUGUUACUCGCUCACCGAUGACGAGAAGUUGAUAGGAAACUUCAUUGAAGCUAUAAGAGAAGGCUGUCACUCCAAAGUACCAUCGGGACACGAAUUCAUUAUCGAUCCUGAUCGCAUCUUUAAUACUACCCUCCUUCCUCCGAGCACUGAAUCCAUUGCUCCUCCAGGCACUGAACCCAAAGGGAAAAAAAAUCUAGUCCUUGUGAUUGUUCUCCCGAUUGUCGGGUUCUUACUGCUUUGUUUGGUAUCGUGCUUCUGCUGCUUCUUUUAUAUCCGACGACGACGUCGGAAGGCCCGCCAAAGUAGCCAUGCGGGCCACCUCCACGAAAGAUGGAAUGACACAUCCAUCAUGACGCCUGUUGGAGGCGGGCUCCGACAGGUCUGGGAUGAGACGUCACCUCAGAUGCAUCCAGCCCAAGCUUAUCAUUAUAAUCCGGCAUCUCACAACGGGUAUUAUGGCGGCGAACAAGAUAUCAAGUACCCACCCGAGGUGUAUCAGAUGGGCCCGGUCUCUUCUCCCCCGGAUGAUACCAAAAGAGCAGAAUUCGUGACCCCCACAGUACCAACACUUUCGGCCCCUCCUCCGGGGCGCAAGUCGCUCUCUACUAAUCAGUGACUAACCAAUAAUACCUCUCUAUGUUUCUUGAUUUCCGCACGAAAAGACUCCGAAACUCCUAACUGUCUUAUGAGCCGAUGGCUCUGAAUAUGAAUAUUGGAUAUUCCACCUGCUGUCAUCUAGCACCCCUUGAUUUGUACUAUCAUUAUUUUGAUACGCGAAUAUACCCCUUUGAUCUAUUAA